UUCACAGACGCCAUUUUCUUUGCUCACGACGCGGCUCGUAUGAGGACGGAAUAUGGCGAAAUAAAGUGCAUAACCUUACUCAUAAAAUGGGGUUUGUAAUAUCAUAUUGUUUUAUAAUGACAUUUAUUUGCUGUGCGCACAUAAACUUUUCUCAAGGACAUUUCCUUUCACUCACGAUGUGGAACAGACGAGGACGUCUUUUAAUUUCUAUAUGGGAAAUCUAAAAAAUUUGAACUGCUGUGCAGCACACCACGAUGGUGCAGACGCAGAAAAGACCAUAAAAGCACUUUUGUGAUGCUGCAAGUGGGAGUGGAUUUCUUGCUUAGAUGGAAACUGCAGAGAACCACAUCCUGUCGUCCUGAAAAAAAGAAAGAGACUACUUUCUCCAUUGGCACAGACUUUGUUCAGUGAUCAGUAACAUACAUUCAGCCAGGGCUGUCCUUAGGGGGUGCAACUGAUGCGGUCGCACCGGACUCCACACUUGAGGGGUAAACGGACUGAAUGAGCCCCACUCCCCCAGAACGCUUCCUACUUCGCACCAGUAUGGGCCUGCAUUCAUAGUUAAUGGGCCUGGGCUGUCUGUAUCCAGAAGGCCGGAGCAUCUCCCUGAUCUCCUUGCAGUUAAAGUGGCAUCUCCCUAAAAUUGUCAAGACGACAGGCACCAAUAGAUUCAACAUUCCCAGGCUGUUACCCAGCUGAAGGAGUUGGCUAGGAUCAUGAAACAUUUAGUGCCCCUAGAGAGUGAGAUCACCCAGGAGAUCAUUAGGUACAAUGUGGACCCCAACCUGGCCAAGUAUGAAGAUGGAGAUGACAUUGUGAAGUGGUGGGCCCAUGUCAUGAGUUUGGGGAAGUAUCCAGCUCUCAGCCAGGUUAUCAGACGGGCCCUCUCCAUCUUCCAUGGACCACUGGUAGAGUCCUCCUUUAGUCUCAUGGGAGAUGUGAUUGAUGCUAAAAGAUCUAGCAUGAAGAUCUCCACCUUUGAUGCAGUGCAGACUGUCAAAUAUGUGCUGAGGUCAAGGGGCAAGACUGGCAUUAGCAUGUUCAAAAGAGCUGACAUUGAUAAAACUCUCUGCCAGAACAUUAGGGUUGCAGGGAGAAGGGACAAGACCGACAGAGAGAAGAGGAUGGAGGCAAAGCAGAAGAGGCAGGUGGAGUAUGGCUGCAGUGCUACAUGUGAAAGUGCAGAGAAGGCCAAGACCACUGCUCUGGCCGAAGAGAGGCAGACACGUCUCAAACAUGUUGAUAAGAAAAUUAAUGCAGCCAGACGCAAGGCCCUGGAUACGUUGCAGGAGGUGGCCAGGAAGAAGAGGAAGUUGGAGUAAAGCAAGAAGAUAGUUCAAUGAGAGUUUAUGUUUCGGAAUUAAAAAUGAAAUAGAAUAUUACAAAUUAGCGUCUGUGUAUUUUGAUUUUCAGAAUUUCAUUCUAGUCUGUGCCUAUGGGGUGGGCUGGGGAUGGCAGGGGUUGGUGGCAAUGUAAGUAUCUGGAUAUUUGCCGCUGGGCGGGGGCUUCGAUUACCUCUCUCUUUUUUUGACCAUACAUGUGUUUGCACCCCUGAGAAACUGUGAACAAGAACUGAGAUCAUGCCUCCAAAAAGAUGGACAUGCUUGUACGCUGCCUUUUUCUUCUAGAAAA